AGAGACGCCGAAUCCUGGUGAGUGUUGGCGUGGGGAGCAGAACAGGUUCAGAAAGAAAUCCUCCGAGGUCUGAAUGUGGCCGGCCUCGAUGGAGGGUUUUGACAGCUCCUGCCCAGACUGGUGCAGCAGUAGGCAACACUGGUUUGAACUCGGACCCACGGACUUGCUGGAGCGCAAGGGCUCCCUCAGCCUCCGCUCCCAUCACAAGAAGUACUCGAAACCCGUGUUGGUGUAUUCUUGGUAAUACAAGUCUGUCUGACUUCACAUAAUAAAACAGUUGUAUAUACAAGAGACCUGAUAAAGUGAUAUGCCCAGAAUGGUUGUUAAAAGUAUCUCUGGCUCAUUACUAGACAUUGCCUAGCCACCAUAUCUUCCUUGCAGCUGGAGUGAUAGACACAGCCAUAUCACCUGCAUCACACUGACGCUUUUGAUGCAUAACUUACCAGGGACUGACAGAUACUAAGAAGAUUUUGAGUUUAUAUAGGGACAAAUGAAUUUAUACUUUAAAGAGGCACCAUAACAGAGAAGCCGAUCCAAAAGAUUAUGAUAUAGAGGGUCCUGAGGAAAUAAAAAAGCUGUGUAAUUCAACAUACUGUCGACUUGGAACUGACGAACCCCCUGUUUGGAUAUCAGAAACACACGAACAAAUGGCACAAGUUUAUUUAAACAGAGAAUUGGCUAACAUAAAGAAAAAGGCUUUAUUGAAUGAUGAAACAAUGAGCUCUGGGAUUAUUGAAAGGGACACUGGAUUGCCUACUACAGGCUUUGGAGCUCUCUUUACUAGACAUCCACCGGAUCAGUACAAAAUGUAUGCAUUGACAACAUAUGCUGAAGAAUAUGCUCCACCAUAUGCCUAUCAGCCACUUGAUUAUCCUUGUCAAGAUGAUUAUUCAAUAGUCCACAGAAAAUGCCGUUCUCAGUUCACUGAUCUAGAUGGUUCCAAAAGAUUUGGCAUCAACACUUGGCAUGACGAGAGUGGGAUUUAUGCUAAUUUAUAUGUAAAACAAAAACUCUACCCGUUAACUGGUGGUCCUGUGGUCCCCUUUUAAAAAUAAUCUACGGAAUCAGAUUCUCUAGCUAAUGAAAGAAUAAUGGAUAUAACUGUUGAUUUUCUAUGCUAAUAAAUGCAAUGGGAAUGUUA